AUGUCGGCAGAGAGAAGCGCUUACUCACCAGGAGAUGUCACUGGCUUCACGUGUGCGCCACCACGCGCACCGGACCACUGCAGUUGGUCCUCCUGGUGCACGUGCGCGUGCUCGUGGUGGUCUGUGUCACGUCAGGUGGAAGCAGACUGCGAUGCUGUGAUGCGGACCUCGGCCCCUCCCUCCCGGUGGGACCGAGCGUGCGCAGUGUGUUCUCUCAGUGUGUGUCUCACGUGCACACUCCAAACAAACGCUGCUGCAGUGCACGAGCAAGCUGCUUGGCGGGAAGCGGCAGACCCUCCUCCGACUCCGACGUGCACCUGCAGCCUGGAUGAAGAUGAUGAAGAUGAUGAAGUUGGUACCGGAAGAGUCACAAAAAUGUUUGAUUUUGAGCGGACGUUUGACGAGAGAAGCGCGCUACGGUGGAUGCAGGACAACUGGAGCAAGUCAUUCGUGGUGUGCGGCAUCUACGCGGCGCUGGUCUUUGGGGGUCAGCGCUGGAUGAGGGAGCGUCCCAAGAUGAGCCUGCGUGUCCCGCUAGUGGUGUGGUCGCUCAGCCUCGCCAUCUUUAGCAUGUGGGGAACGUUCCGGACCGGAAGCUACAUGCUGCACAUCCUCGGAAGCGGCGGCAUGCAGCAGUCAGUGUGUGACAGCAGUUUCUAUAGCGCCCCCCUCACAAAGUUCUGGGCCUACGCCUUCGUCAUCAGCAAGGCCCCUGAGCUGGGUGACACACUCUUCAUCGUGUUGAGGAAGCAACGGCUGAUCUUCCUACACUGGUACCACCACAUCACCGUGCUGCUCUACUCCUUCUACUCCUACAAGGACCACGUGGCGGGAGGCGCCUGGUUCAUCACCAUCAACUACACAGUGCACUCCAUCAUGUAUGCCUACUAUGCGGCCAGGGCGGCCGGCCUGCGCGUGCCCCGCUCCUUCGCCAUGAUCAUCACGGCCGCUCAGACGGUGCAGAUGGCGGUGGGGCUGGCCGUGUUGGGCCUCGCCUACCGUUGGAUGCACGACCUACACUGUCCCACCCACGUGCACAACAUCGUUUGGGGGUCGCUCAUGUACCUCAGCUACUUGAUCCUCUUUGCAGUCUUCUUCUAUGACUCCUACCUCAGGGGAGGGGCAGAGCGGGCCAAGCGGGCAUAAACACUUUAAAGGAGAGGAGUCGCUGAGUGGGUGUGGCUCCAGCAGCCUGUCAAUCAGACCGUGUCAACAAUGUCGUCAUCAUCCCAUAUGACUUAUGUGGACAAAAUGUUCAUAAUUUGUAAGUGUCUUCACCCCUUUUUCCCCCUUUACUAAAUAAAGUCAGUCUGAUGAAGGCACUGAUGACGUCACUGGUGAUGU